AGUUUUCAAACGCACGGCUUUGCUUAUUGUUGGGAUGUGAGCCUGUGGCAAUUAUCCAGAUCUUGUUUUGUCGCGAAAUAGUUUCUUAAAUUUUUGUGACAAAGUGUGACGGUGUGUUUGUGACAAGUGACAUGUGACCAUUAAUUCGUCAUUAACAGACAUGGAUAGACUGGCGCCUGAUCCCACCUACAUUGAUGAUGGAUCAAAAUCCAAAGAUUCACCCGGCGGUCUCCAUCAGGACCGGGACUCUGGCUUCAGUUCGGCAGAGUACGACCUUGACAACGACCUUCACUCGCCGGCGGGCAGCAGCGACGUUGAGACGCGGCUGCGACCCGCACCACCCCCCUCCACACCGCCCUCUUCCGGCAAGCGGCAGAAACGCGCCGCCAACGACGAGGCGACGGCGGCCAAGCGGCGCAAGCGGAAAAAAGACGGCGACGACACUGACGAUCCGUUCCGUCCGUGGGGCGGCAGUGACGAGCAGCAACCCUUGUCGCUAGUUUUAAGGACGGAGAGCGAGGAUACCAGUUACCGACCUCAGGAUGUUGUCAGACUGGGCAGUAAAAAAUCGGCUGCAGUCGCUGGGUGCAGCAGUAGUAGUAACAGCAGUUCUAGUCCAAGUAAUCAUAAACCAGAUAACAACAGUAGCAAUCAGCGAAACUACAAGAACAUGACGCGCGAACGCCGAAUCGAGGCGAACGCUCGCGAGCGAACGCGAGUGCACACGAUCAGUGCCGCUUUCGACACGUUGCGGCGGUGUGUGCCGGCCUAUUCGCACAGUCAGAAACUGUCCAAACUGUCAGUGCUGCGAAUCGCUUGUGCGUACAUUUUGACACUGAGUCGAGUGGCCGGCGAUGACUACUCGGCCGAUCACAGUCAGCCGUCGCUUGCCGAUUGCGUGGACAACGUGUCCAAGACAAUACAGAUGGAGGGCAAACUGCGCAAGAAGAAGGAUGAGUGAUCAGUUUGUGUGAGUGGUGUGUUUGUGAUGUUAUUAAAGAUUAUAUUUAUUAUGCAAAUAGCCUACAGGUAUUUAGGAAUUUCAAAGUUGAUAUGAAUGUUAUGAAAGUACAGGUAUUUAACAUUGAUAUAGUUUUCAAGUAUUGGAAUUGCAAAGUGUUGAUGAAUUUAUCAAAAAACAAAUCCCAUAAUAGUAAAAAAAAUCAGCGCGUCAAUUUUACCACACUGUACUUGAAAAACUAAGAUAGGCUACAUAUUAGGCUAUUAAACAAAAAUCCAAAUUAAAUGUUGCCAAUUUUAAUGCUAUCUCACUUUUGUUGCAAUCCAAAAUAUACAUGAGAUACAAAAGGAAGUUGUAAGUAAAAAUGGAUUCACAGUCAAAAGGAAUCGAUAUACAUUUUUCUUAGAAUUAAACAUUUAAAUUUUGUAAAAUAUUGCUAUAACAGAAUAUGACUGUCAAAAAAAAUAGAAAAGGUGAAGCAAAAUUGUGACUUGUGGUACUUUUCAAAUAAUCGUUUUUUGGAGAAAAAAAGGAUUACGAUUCAACUUAUUUGAAGAAAAUAGGCCUUUAAUUAAUGAAGGUCUAAUUUAAUGUUGUGUAUACAAAUUUACUGGCUUCCGUUUGAACCCACAGUUGGGCUCAUUUUUAAUGUCAAGUGAACUCAUAUGAGCUCAAUAAAGUGAACAAAUAAAUAAUAUUGGCAUCAUCAUCAAUAAGAUAAAAGUCAAGCCAACUUUAAUUUCUCAAAUGAUGUAUAUUAUAAAUUUCUGAAAACAGGAAUAACUAGAAAGGUUUCAAUUCAUAUGAAGGUUUUAAAUUUAUAAAGGUUUAGAUGGUUUUAAAAGUUUCUAAAUUUAUUUCCAUUUAGAAAUAUCAAUUACUCCGUCUCUUCUAUAAGAAUAUUGAAAUUUAUAUCGGUUACUAUCCAGUUUAGUGCUAGAUUUACUGAGUGCAAAUACUACUGAGAUUUUUCUGGUUGAUAAUAGUUCAACUGUUUACAUUACUAUUUAGAGGAAAUGAAUAUGUUUCCCUUAUUUCUCAACAGAAGCUUCCAUCUUUGUCAAGUAAUGCACCACAUUGCCUAAUAUUGUAAUAAUAUACUGUAUGGUAAUACAAUUGUAACUUGAUAUGCCGUGCUUAAAUUAGGCAUUCUAAAAACUUGCUUAAUGAAUUUGAUUGCCAAAAUUUUACGUUGUGUUCAAUUUUAUCUAUGAAAUAAAGAUUGUGAGCCAGUAGACAAAAAGGAGUAUAACAUUUCUAAAAUUUUAUAUAGUUAGGCUAUUAUUGUUCGUAUAUUAGCCCUAAAAUUCAAAAAUAUUGAAUUUAUAAUACUCUGAUAUGAAUAGUGGUUGUUGGGUCUACGUUUACAUAGCCAAUACAAAAU